AUGGGAGAAAAACUUGGGAAUUUUCUGGGGACCUUUGCUAUGGUAGAUAAGGGACUUAAUGGUGACUGUUUGGGGAGUUUCCUGCGUAUCCGAGUGGGGGUUAUUGAAAAAAAGCAAUAUUGGAGGUGGAAGACGUCGAUAAAGGAUGUCUUUCGGAGUCAUGUUUCACCUGUAGAGAUUGUUCAUUCGCACCAUGUGGCCUUCUCUUCUCAGAAGGAUAUCUCAUUAGGUUCAGAUGAUACCCUACACAAAGUCUCUGAGGGGUCCCUCUCCAAGAAGAGAAGGUUGGCAUCUGAUUAUGUUAGGGAAGUACCUCAUUAUGGAGAAUUUGGUGUUAGUGAUGUGCUUUGUGAUGUUCCUAUGAUGAUAAGUUUGGGAUUGAGGCAAGGGAAGGAGAUUCUAGGGGCCUAG